UACAUCUUUCUGCUCUCUCUUCUAUUUUCUCUCUGUAUGUUUGUGGUUACCUGCGCCCUGACGUGCCACGUAGUCUGCACUUGACCACGUUCUGCUUGCAGUACAGUCCGCCCAUUGUUGCCUGUGUGUGCAUCCAUCUGGCGUGCAAAUGGUCAAACUGGGAGAUCCCUGUAUCCACAGACAGCAAGCACUGGUGGGAGUAUGUGGACUCCACAGUCACUCUCGAGCUACUGGAUGAGCUCACACAUGAGUUCCUGCAGAUCCUGGAGAAAACACCUAGCCGGUUAAAACGGAUCCGCAACUGGAAGGCUGCUGGUCAGACGGCAAAAGGCAAGACCAAAGUCCAGGAGGAGGGCGACCAGACAGACACCAUGAUGAGCAUGAUCUCCAUGGCCUCAUCAGAAAGCACUCUGGCAGGUUUGAUGAGCCUCUCGGCCCCCCCUUCCUCUUCGUCUUCCUCAUCUGUGGGUGACAAGGACAGGGGUGCAUCUGGCAGCACCCAGCACUGGCAUGCGGGUGGGAAAGGUCAUGGUGGCUCUGAGCAGCAGCCGCAGCAGCAGCCCAACCACGAGGUACACGCUCCAGCUAAGGUAUCGCUGAGCGAGUACCGUGCUAAGAAUGCUGAUGUCCUUGCCGCCCAGAAGAGGAAACUGGAGAACAUGGAGGCCAGCGUAAAGAGGGACUAUGCCAAUGCUGCCCAGGCUCUGAUUGGUCAACAGCAGAGGAAAGAGAAACAGCAGCAUCAUCACCAGCAGUCUGGCUCUCACUCACACUCCAGCUCCUCAUCCUCAUCCGACAUGACCAACCCGUCGCCUAUCAUUCUCAAAAUCCCCCUGGAGAAGGAGAGGCACGACCGCAGCUCUCUGAAGAUGAGGUUUCCUCUGCCAGGGGGAGGAGGGAGUGGGCACAGUGGCAGCAGCAGCAGAGGUCAGGAUCAGGACAUUAAAGUGAGAAUACGGAUGCCUGAUAAGCAAAGGGGAAGUUCAGGAGAGGAGGGCAAGAGCAGGGACAAGCACAGGGAACGUUCUAACCACCACCAUCACCACCACCACCAUCACUCCUCCUCCUCUAGCGGUGCUUCACUUUCCUCUUCACAUAAACAUUCAUCCAGCUCCAGCGGAGCGUUGGGCAGCAGCAAAAAAGUCCCGGGCGAGUCCUCUCGAAUGAGCUCUUCGUCCUCUUCUUCCUCCUCAGCCUCCCGAAAGAGGACACACACACAAGAUCCCACAGUGGGCUCUCACCCUCCCUCGAAAGUAAGCAAGUCUUCUAGGAAUGCCUACCAGCUGCCGUCCUUGUCUUCUUCCUCUGGGCAUUCUCUGGGGCAUGCUCCUGAUAUUCUUCCUGCUCUGGGCCUUCCCCACCACCAAGGGAGCUACUCGCACUCCAAAGGGGACAAGACAGACACUAACGGACACAAUGCGACAGGUGGAGGCCAGUCAAAUGAGUACCAGGACACUUUUGACAUGCUAAACUCACUGCUAAGUGCCCAGGGGGUCCAGCCGUCCCAGCCACCCAUGUUUGACUACAGAUCCCAAUAUGGGGACUACCGGUAUGGUGGUGGCACCAGGGGAAGCAACCCCAGGCCCCCGCCCCUGCCGUCGGAACCACCUCCCCCGUUGCCGCCGUUACCCAAAUGAGUUCCUCAUCAGGAGAUGCGUUAUGUACAUUGUAUUUGCCAUCACAAGCAUCACAGUUGUUACAUACAGCAUUGCAUAAUGAUUUUAGGACUCCCUUUUCAGUGUUUGUGAUCAUGUGUUGUGGGUUUCAGCUUGACAGCAGAGAAAUGUACUUCUGACAUAAUUUGAAUUUUCUUUUAAACUUCUUUUUACAGAUUUGUUUGUGGGGCAAUAAUGAGAGGCUUGAAAAGCUCGCAAAAUAGGGUAAAAAAUAUUUACAAGAAAAAUUGUAAAUAAUAUUUUUGAUGUUAUCAGUUUUGUAUUGUCAGCUCAUGAAAUGUGAUGACGGGACCUGGCAUUUUUGCCGUCACUGUUUAGGAAGAAGUCAGACGUUGAAAUCAUGAGGAAACCGAAAGUUAUUUGCAUCACAUAUCACUUGUUAAGUCUUGCUAGCGAUUGUCUUUUUAUAAUGUUUUUAUAGUGUAUUAUUUAUUAAUUGAAUGCUUUUGAGGAGCACAGUCCCCUUUUUAAGAAAAAAAAAGGUCUCCCCUCUAUGCUGUGUCCUUUUCAGGCAGAGGGAUAUUUUUCCUCAAUACUGUAUAGGCUAGUUUGAGAAUGCAUGUCUCCAAAGCCAUGUUUGAGAUAUUGUUUUUGUUUUUUAAACUACCGUAACCUCAGAAAAAUAGGUGACGACCCCCUCCCUCCCCAACCUUUUGUCAAUACUUUUUUUUAAUUAUCUGCAUUGUUUCGUAAACUGUUGUACAAAUAUUGUAAAAUGUUUAAAACAAAAUAUUUUUACAUUUUGUUAUAAAAAUUACAAAAAAAUGGUGUAAAUUAAGGACGCUUGUACUUUUGUUUUAUAGAUUUUGAGCAUUGCAGUCAUUGUUUUAAAUGGUUGUAAAAUAUUGUCAAUACUCAAAUAAUUACACUAAUGGACAAAGUUCAUACCAAGGAUUUAUGUUUCAUAAAACAUAUCUAGAGGGUAUUGCUGCAAUGAAGAAACAGCCAGCAUAAAAUUCCCUCUACGGUGAAAGUUUGAGGUGCUUUUCCUGGAUGGAGUUUGUCCUAUAAAUUUACACUAUGACUACGACAUCCUGAUAGGCGACUUCAGCCCAGGAUUCACCUCUUUCAGUCUCCGACGGUGGUCACAACAGUUACGGGAGAAUAAAACUGGCAGCCUGGAUAAGUGCACAAAAUCAUUAAGUUUGACGUUUGGCAUUGACAUCGCUGGCUGUGAGUUGGGUUGCCCACACCCAUACUGUAAUUUAAAGGAAAAAAAAAAAGCACACCAUCCCACAGCCAGAGGGAAAUCUUUAUGCUGGUGUUAUCUUUUCAUUGGCCAUACCCAACACAUGGUAUUCUAAAAAAGUAUUCACCAUACAUUUUCUCAAAGAAUAAUAAGAAGUCAGUGUGUCUUUGGUUGUUCUGAACCAGUCAUACUGUGUGAUUUUUUUUUUCUUUGAUGUCUGUUCCUAUGGUAGUCUUUCAUUUAUGCAUUAUUACAUUGCAUUAUGCAUUUCAUGUUAUUAUUCCCUCUUUAGGGAAGAUUUUAAGAUCUGUUCCACCUAUGUACACCUGUUUCUUCAUGCCGGUUUGAUUUAAUCAUGUUAAAACUGUCUUAUUUCUCCAUACUGAUUGCGCCUGCAAACUAACCUGAUGGAUUUCCAGCUAAAUUUUUUUCCCCAGUGAAUUAAUCCAUCCAUAAGCCAGUAUCCAUCAAAAAUGUUUGCUUGUGCCCUUUAGUUGUGGAAACCACACGUGGUAAACAGUUUAUCAGUGUACCUCCACUGCAGGGUAAUGGACAUGAAAAGUAAAAUACUGCCUAACUCACUUGAAAAAUGUUUGAAAAGUAUUUGAGCUAAAUUGUGGAAGAGGUUAAAUCGGGUAUUGUAUGUACAUUUGAUUCAUGUAAAGCUUUAUAUGGAUUUGAUUGUAUGAUAUUACUGCUCUUUAUCUGCUAUGGAUUGUGAUUUUUUUUAACCCCUCCCCCUCAGUUUUUAAAAUCCAAAAUUCAUUGCUUUAGGGGCAGUUCACAGUAAUGCAUUACAUCAAAUCAGCAAAACCAUGUAAUAUAUUUUUGAUGUUCCCUUGAUACAGUAUAUAAAAUAUUCGUUCAGAUUACAGCUCUUCUUUCCUCUGGCAGCAGAGUUUCAGAGAUAUGAGCUGAUCUAUCAAGUCUUAGUUAUCACUGAGAAACAUAAAAGUGCACUGAAUAUUUAUCCCUGUAAGAUUGUCUAAAAAGCAACUGACUCAAAGUGUUACAUUUAUGAUUCUUUAACUAGAAGAAUAGCUGAACACUGUCAUGAUUGAAAAUGGUUUCUAUAUUUGGUUUGGACAAAUCUUCCAUUUUAAGAAUUGCUUCACUAUAAAUAUGCUGUGAGAUUAAGGAAGUUCUAAAGCUUUUCAUGUCUGGAAAUGUAUUGAAGUAAACAUAGGGGUGAGGAAAAUGGAAGACACUCAUGCAACCUAACAAUGCAAAAUCACAUAGCUACAGCUCUUAUCAGCAUCCAAGUUUCAUAUAUUUAUCACAUCUUGAUGUUUAGUGUUGUUAGUGACACUCAGGUCUGGAAUUGAAUCAUUUUGAAAUCUUGUUUCAGUUAAGGUUUUUUGUGAACACUGUUCUUUUUGAUAUAAUGUGGUCGCUUUAAUCCCAUGUCAAUAAAUAUUUUAAGAAAGUG